GGUUGCAACCCAGUGUCGCUGAAUAUUUUUCCAUGGGACAAACCCCCCUCAACUUUGAAAAUACCAAAGUUGGGACUCAAUAAAUGUCCUAGAGGGAUAAUUUUUGCGUGGCUUUCGCACGACUUUCACAGAUUGGACACCAAAGACCAGUUGUUUGAAAAGGCUGCUCCGUCUGCAAACUCGGGGCAGCCUUCCGUGCCUAACAAACACGCCGUAGUAUGGCUCGGUUCACAACCGUGCCUCGCAAGAUACUUGGAAGGACUGAGCACAGCAGGAAUGCUGCAGCCGUGGGGGGCAGCCCAGCUGUUAGAUCAAACCUCGAACAUCGGCGACGUGUUGCGGUUUGGUUCUGAAUCUGUUGCACGUGGGAAACUUGAUGUUUUGACCUGUAAACAUUCAAAGCAGUUCAAACCUCAUACUACUCUGGACCCACAAUUGAUACUUAAAAUUCUGCUGAUAUUUUUGCAUGGCUUUCGCACCACUUUCACUGAUUGGACACCAAAGACGAGUUGAUUGAAAAGGCUGCUCCACUUUGGCUGCAGAUACCAAAUUCAAAACUGCAUAGUUUGUUUGAAAACGCUACUCGUUCUGCUAUUUGGGGCGGUAUUGCAGGCCAAAAACACAGUGACGCGGUUUGGUUCAGAAUCUGUCGCACGUGGGAAGCUUGAUGUUUUGACCUGUAACAUUCAAACCUCAUACUACUCUGGACCCAUAAUUGAUACUUAAAAUUCUGCUCGAGCGUUUCCUGCAGACUAGACAAGUCCACAGUUCCGGGAUUUACUACAGUUCCAGGUCAUAAUUUUCCACAAUUUUCCAUAUCAAGUUUUUCAGCCUGAGCGACCCUGGAAAAGUCGCCUUGACUCGCAGCACACAUGUGUAUAGAUGAGCUGUGUUUUUUUUGCUUAGCCCUUUAAACUCAUCAAGGCUAGGCGCGAGGGGCCCUUCAGCUAUCUCUCAGCUGUGGCUUCAAUUCUGUUUACAGACGGCAAACAUGCUGUCUUGGUUGAUGUUUUUGAGUAGCACCGACCAAGAUUGAUGGAUGGAAAGCUGGUAGAUGUACUCCUCAUUUGGACAUGCUUGCAGUGCCAUUCCAGACACGCGUGCGUUGGUUCAGCAAGGUCCUUAAAGAAAGCCUGCGACAUCUUGGCCAUGCAUGCACGUAUCGUUAUUGUAGACCCCAUUCCCGGUCGUUAUUCCUUCACACAGGUUGCUUGGCUCUCCCAUGGAGCCCUGUUCGUGUGGAUGCAACAGAUGAGUGGAUUCUUUCAUUCUGUCCGGCUGGGGUGCAAAGAACGUCAAAAGCCAUUGAGGGAUUACCGUUUGCUGACCGUGACGAUAGGUUUCCAACUGUAUGGCUUACAUGUGCAUAGCAUGACUCUCCAAAGAGGGCUGUCAACGUGCGACUUUGACAGCGCUUUAGAUAAAGUGGAAUAAAGUGAUGUUUGUCCUGUCAAGGGUGGGAACCACCACCCGUAGCCAGCAAAACGGAAAUUCACUGUGGCAAGCUGGACGUUUUUACCCAAAUCCAUUUCUUAAAACUUAAAACUUUUGGGCAGUAAACCAUGUUAUUAAUAUACAGUACUGUAUCUCUCAUUAUCUAUGGGUAUCUGAGAUAGUUCAUUCCCAAGUUUCUCCGUUUCUCCUAUCCAUUUCUGCUCCGCCAAGCGUGGCAAUUUUCAUUGCCCCUGCCACCUCCCACCGACGAAACUCCUACACACUGACACAUGAUCACGUCAGUGGUUGGGCAUCGGUCGCCCGCUUGAGCGCCAUCCAUGUUCGGGGCUAGUCCAUUCGGCAGGUGAGUUGUUACACAGUCCUUAGCGGAUUUCGACUUCCAUGACCACCGUCCUGCUGUCAAAAUGAACCAACACCCUUUGUGCAUGUAGGUCCAGGGCAUGGAUCAGGGCUUGAAAUUUUGAGCCGCAGCCAUAUAUUAUCUUUGUCCACAAUUUUCCGUAUCAAGGCUUUCUGCCUGUCUGGCACCAUAUUUUCCUGAGUACCCUUCAAUUCUGUUUACAGGGGCCCUUCAGCUAUCUCUCAGCUGUGGCUUCUUGGCACGGAAUCCUCUGGAUAUGCAGACUUCUGCUCUGUCAGAAGCUGUGGGAUCUCACCAUGGCUGGAGAUUGAAGUGAAUCCGUGCGUGGUUCCUGGUGCCGCAAGAUAGCAGGCAAAAAGUGACAGAACAGCACAUGAUGCCGUGAUGCCCACACUGCUUUGAGUAGCGCUGC